GUAGAACAGCAACCUCAUUUUUCAUCCUCGUCCCCAUUCUGGCCAGUGCUCUCCGGCCCCUGCGCCCGUGCACUCCCUAAGGGCCCCGCCCCCCGUCGCAGCAGCCCUGGCGCUCCCCGUGGGCCCUGCCAUGGCCGCCUGUGCCCUGUGCCAGCGCGCACCCCGUGAGCCGGUGCGUGCCGACUGCGGCCACCGCUUCUGCCGGGCUUGCGUGGUGCGCUUCUGGGCUGAGGAGGAUGGGCCCUUCCCUUGCCCCGAGUGCUCCGAUGACUGUUGGCAGCGCGCUGUGGAGCCCGGCCGCCCGCCUCUCAGCCGCCGCCUGCUGGCGCUUGAGGAGGCGGCAGCAGCACCAACGCGUGACGGUCCGGCCUCGGAGGCGGCGUUGCAGCUGCUGUGUCGCGCUGACGGUGGUCCGCUGUGUGCUGCCUGCCGAAUGGCGGCGGAGCCUGAGCCACCCGAGUGGGAGCCCGGCUGGAGGAAGGUGCUGCGUGGCAAGGAGAAUAAGGGGUCUGUGGAGAUCAUGAGGAAAGAUCUGAAUGAUGCUCGGGACCUGCAUGGCCAAGCCGAGUCUGCUGCGGCUGUGUGGAAGGGACAUGUGAUGGACCGCAGGAAGAAGGCCCUGACCGAUUACAAGAAGCUUCGGGCUUUCUUUGUGGAGGAGGAGGAGCGCUUCCUGCAGGAGGUGGAAAAAGAGGAAGGGUCCCCCGAGGAUGAGGAUGCUGACCCUGCAGAGAGGUUCAGGUCCUUCCUGCAAUCCCUGUUGGAGCUGGAGUGGAGGCACCGCAACCUGGGCCUCAGCAUGCUGCUUCAGUGAUGCCAGGCAGAGGAAGCUGGCUCGACCCUGACCCAGCCCCCAGAAGCUCCUCCAUUCGUCUCCUUCAGGACCCCGGAGGGUCUUCAUCUAGGUGUAGACUGGACUUCGUACCGUAGAUGCCACUUUGGGUUGUCCCCUUGGCAGUGUUGGUGUUUAUUUUCCUCGGGGGUUCAUGUUUCUGGGCUAUAAAAGCCAGCCUCACUGUGGAGACCUGAAAUGGUGGGGAGGCAUCAGUAACCA